AUGCUCUGCGUUUCUAUUGCGCCUGGACCUUAUGGCGCCGCGGUGAUGGAGCCCAUAAAGACAAACAUGUUUGUUCAGAGCGUGCGGAGGCGGCAGCAGCUCAAGUCGCAGAUGCGACGCACGUCCGCACUCACACUGUGCAGGCCUGGGAUCAGCAGACAGAUGCGCCUCUCCUCACACUGGAUCAGACCCACCGUGAGCUUUCUGCCCAGUGACGCUCCGACGUCACUGCUCAGUAGGCGGAAAAGCGGCAGUGCUUUAUCAGCCCAAAAAAAGAGCAAAACCCGGCUGAUUUUUAACCGCGACUUUGAAGCACAAACCGAGCUGCACACGGACAGAGGCGGCCUGAGCUCGGAGACGGUCCCAUCUCAGACCGACAUAGACAUCGACGAGAAAGAGUUAGAUAACAAGAUCACAAAGCAGCAUCGGGAAGACGAUACAGCCCUGCCUUUGCAUUCGCCCUGGACGUUCUGGCUGGACAGGUCAUUACCAGGUACAACAGCAGCAGAAUGUGAGUCUAAUCUGAAGAAGAUCUAUACAGUGCAGAGUGUUCAGACGUUCUGGAGUGUGUACAACAACAUCCCGCCAGUGUCAGCGUUGCCUUUAAGAUGUAGCUACCACUUAAUGAGAGGAGAACGCCGGCCGCUCUGGGAGGAAGAAAGCAACGCAAAAGGAGGCGUGUGGAAGAUGAAAGUACCUAAAGAAAGCACUUUGACUGUAUGGAAAGAGUUGUUGCUAGCGACGAUCGGGGAACAGUUUGCAGAUUACUGUGCCUCAGAGGACGAGGUUGUCGGCGUUAGUGUCAGCGUUCGGGAUCGUGAAGAUGUUGUACAAGUUUGGAACAAGGAUGCUACUCUCGCUAACGAAGCUAAAGUCCUGGGGAAAGUCUUUGAACUUCUGCCAUUCAUCUCUUUUAAAGCUGUAUUUUAUAAGUCUCACAUGGAACAUCACGCCUUUGAGGGAGGACGCUCAAGACACUAA